CAUGUUCGGAACUUUGCCUACCUACCCUAUAUACGAUCUAGAAUCUACAUUACAGUAACACCAAAAAAACAACAACAGACAAACAGACACUAGAAUACUAUACUCUAUAGAUUACGAUUUGGCAAGAUCUAAAGAUCUUAGUAUCUAAGUCUAGAUCUAGAUAUCUAGAAUCUAAUCUCUGGACUAUACCACUGGCGCACUGCACUGUGACUAUGACUAUCGGAUCAAGACACUUGACACAUCUAUGAGGACAGUAUUACUUGUGGAUUGGGCAAAUGAAGGCUGGCCUGCGAGUGGUGAGAGGACCCGACUGGAAGUGGGGCAAUGAUGACACUAGUGAAGGCCACUUGGGCACAGUGAUUGAAACUCACAAUGCUGAAAGACGAGCUGUUGUUUUGUGGGACAAUGGAAAGUCUAAAUCUUAUAGAGCUGGACAGGAGAAUGCUUAUGAUCUCCUUGUGCUCGACAAUGCUCAGAUUGGUGUCCGGCAUCCAAGUGUGAAUUGUGAUGAGUGUGGUGAAAGAGGAAUCAAAGGGUUUCGCUGGAAGUGUUCUGUUUGCUCAAACUAUGACCUCUGCAGCCCGUGCUACAACAAAGAUAAACAUGACCUUUCUCAUGCAUUCCUGAGAUUUGAAACCAACACUGAAAAUAAAAGUGUUAAGGUUCCAGCUAGAAAAGGAAGUCCCAAAUGUGAAGCUCAAGGAAUUUUUCAAAGUGCCACUGUGUCCAGAGGAUUACACUGGAGAUGGGAAAAUCAAGAUGGUGGUGAAGGAACUUAUGGGUUUGUCAUGGAGAUUAAAGACUGGGAACCUAGCUUCAGGUCUCAGGCUGGAGUGCUCUGGGCCAACGGCAAGGGCUUCACUUACCGUCUCGGACACAACGGGAAUGUGGACUUGAAGUGUAUUAAAGCUGCUUCUGGAGGAUUUUAUUACAAAAGUCAUUUACCAGUUUUAGGUAAAAUGGAUGUUGAGGCAAGUGAAUCAGAGUUGACCUCUUUGUUACAAGCACAGCUGAUAGAACCAUUUGCAAAGCUCUUGGAGUUUGGCCAGAUUCUCCGGAGUCUGAAGGAAGUGGCUGCACAGAAUCAUGAAGUAUUGAAGCCUGGUAUUCGUGUAGUACGAGGUCCCCAUUGGAAGUGGCAAAACCAAGAUGGUGGUGAAGGCUACGUCGGGACAGUGGCAGACAUCGGAAGCUCUGAGCCAAAUAAACCGCCAGAGCAAUGUGUGUCUGUUAUCUGGGACAAUGGAACUAAAAAUACAUACAGAAUUGGUAGAGACAACAGCUAUGACUUACUGGUGCUGGACAAUGCCCCAAGUGGUGUUUCUCACAAAAACUAUGCCUGUGAUGAAUGUAAAGCCAGCCCAAUACCAGGCAUCAGGUGGAAAUGCUCUUCAUGCUUUGACUAUCAUCUUUGUUCCCACUGUUACCAUAGCAACAAGCAUGAAUUAUCACACACAUUCUGGAGAUAUGACAACGCGUCUAAUAAAAGGUUUAAAGUUCCAAAACGUCGUGACAGUUCAAAAGUGGAGAGUCAAGGUAUUUUUACGAGUGCAGUUGUCAGACGUGGACCAGAUUGGAAAUGGGGAGACCAGGAUGCUGCAGUAGUACCCACUGGGCUAAUCCUAUCCAUAAAACCUUGGGACUCCUCGGAAUCAGCCAAUAGUGCAGCAGAAGUUCUGUGGGUCAAUGAGAAUCAGAACACCUAUCGAGUUGGUCAUCAAGGUCAUGUGGAUCUCAAGUUUGAGACAGCAGCUUCAGGUGGACAUUACUACAAAGAUCACUUGCCUAUAUUAGGUAAAACUGAGAAGUCUCCCUGUGAGUUUCAAAUUGGUGACAUUGUCCGAUGUUGUUUUGAUGUGGACUUGCUGAAAAUUCUUCAGGACAAUCAUGGAGGCUGGAUUGAUGAUAUGGCUGAGUAUAUCAAUCUCAACGGCAAAGUGGUUCAGAUUGACAGUGAUGAAGAUAUUGUGGUUCUGUACAAUGAUGGGAAGAAGUGGUACUACAACCAGGAUGCUCUCAGCAAGGUUGACAGUCGGACAGGACUCACACGCAGCCCGAUGGAUUCAGAUGUUGUGAGAAAAGUCUUAGAGCUUGGGUUUGAGAGGCAGGAUGUUCAGACUGUCAUUUUUAAACGUUUUUCUGAAGGUCAAAACCCUUUCACAAGCGUGGAAGCUUUAGUGGAGGAAAUAUUUGACUCCCAACAUUCUGCCAGCAGUCAGUCGACGUCAGUGAGUCACACCGUCGUCAGUGAAAAUCAAAAAACAGAUGAGCUCACCGAGCGUGGUAGAUCUGGGAGGGUAGGGGUGACGAGCAGCCAAAGUAUUGAAGUUGAUGCCAGCGCAAUGAGUGAAAACCAAAGACUCGCUGAGGAGAAUAGAAUGUUAAAGGAGCAGCGACAAUGUAAAGUCUGUAUGGACAAAGAUGCCUGCAUCACAUUUGUUCCUUGUGGUCACUUGAUUUCUUGUGAUGAGUGCUACUCCACUCUUCGCCUUUGUCCAAUGUGCCGUGCCGUAAUCGAGAGCACGUUGCGAACAUUUAUUUCGUAAUUAUUUUUUUUCAAUGUAUAGAGAACUUCAUUUUUUCUUCCACAAUAGUCAAAGCAUCAUUAGUUAAUCCAGAAUGUUUAGUUGCUUUAAUACAACAGAAUAAUUGUGGGAUUAUGUGUCCAAUGGUUAAGCCCUAGGAGUUCAAAUUCAUAUUCUCCCACCGCCACCUCCAUGCCCUCCUGUGGGAGCUUUGGGCUAAGAUGUAAUCAUCUUCAAACUUGAAGAGAACAUCUGAAACAAGAUUCAAUGAGCACCUAAUGUAAUUUGUUUUU